AGCCUGCUUGAGCGUUGGAUCUGCUUUCUCUUUGGCUCAUGCUCUAAAAUGAUAUUUCAAAAUGCAUGGACAGCAUGGAUAAAACAUAUACAUAUAGGUGUGUCCCACAGGGCCGUCCGUGGAUGUCCUGGUAGGGUACUACCCAAUCUCGUCCCUUAUUUACGUGUAACAUGUACGGUUCAAUCAUCGGAUCUUGACACCAUGUGGGACCAAUGAGGCGAUGCAUGCUGGUAAUCUCAGUCGCGACGGAGGCAAAACGAACUCUUUAAUAUUUCAGGCAGACAUGCACGCAGACUAAGACGAGAAAAAAAAAAAAAAAAAGCAGAGGCGGAGGCAAACAAAGGAAAAAAAGAAGGAGAAUGGCCUCUGGUGGAGCGGUGGACUACAACAAGGCGAAAGAAGUGAAGGAAUUCGACGAAUCCAAGAUGGGAGUAAAAGGCAUCGUCGACUCCGGCGCCACCACCAUCCCUCGUUUCUUCAUCCACCCUCAUGAAAAUCUAAAGGCUCUCAGGCCUCCUCCUACUACCCUCUCAAUCCCAACCAUUGAUCUUUCCCACGUUAAUUCCCACCGUCGAUCAAACAUUGUUGAACAAAUACGUGAAGCUGCCAGCACAUGGGGCUUCUUCCAAAUCACUCACCAUGGCAUCCCCACCUCCGUCCUCGACGAGGUGAUCGUAGCCAUCCAAUCCUUCAAUGAGCAGCCGGCGAACAGUCGGUCACAGCACUACAAUCGGGAUACAAGCACUGGUGUGUCAUUCUACACCAACACCGAUCUGUUCAGGUCGAAGGCAGCCAGCUGGGGGGACUCGCUGCAGGUAAUCCUGGGGCCAGACCCGCCAGUACUCGACCGUAUUCCUGAGGCCUGUAGGAGGGAGGUGGUCAUGUGGGACGAGCACGUGAGAGGGGUUGGGGAGGUGCUGAUGGAGCUGUUGUGUGAGGGUUUAGGAUUGGAGAAUGACAGAUUGAAGGAGCUGUCGUGCCUGGAGGGGAGGUCGCUGGUGGCCCACUACUACCCGUACUGCCCAGAGCCGGAUCUGACGCUGGGGAUCGGGGCCCAUACAGACCCGGCUCUGCUGACGGUGUUGCUGCAGAACCAGAUUGCAGGGCUGCAAGUGAAGCAUGGGGAAGAGUGGGUGGAGGUCGAGCCUCUGCCUGGGGUUCUUGUCAUCAACGUUGGGGACUUUCUUCGGAUAAUAUCCAAUGAUGAGUAUAAGAGUGUUGAGAAUCGGGUGGUGGCCAAUCGUUUACGCGAUCCACGAAUUUCAAGUGUUAUCUUCUUCAAUGUGGGUAACAGGGGAGAUGCAUAUCUCUAUGGACCUCUACAGGAGCUCCUAUCAGAUGGUAAACCAGCUAUUUACAGGAACUUCACAAUGUCUGAAUAUGAGAAAAGUUUCUUAAUGAAGGAGCUAAGUGGCAUGUCAUUGAAAAAUGACUUCAAACUUUGAUACUCAAAAAAAUUUUAAGUGAUGAAUAAGUGCAUUAUUAUAUUUAACGUAUA